AUGAUAUUGCCUGAUAAACUUAUUUAGAAAGCUAAAUCAGAAUUAAAGAAUUGGAAUUAAACUUCUUUAAGUGUCUUAGAAUUGAGUCAUAGAUCAGCAGAAUACCUAUCAAUCCAUAACAAAUUGCUAAAUGAUUUGAGAAUGCUAUUUAAUAUUCCUAAGAAUUACUAAGUAAUGCUGAUGCAAGGUGGAGCCACUUUGUAGUAUUCAGCUGUACCAAUGAACUUAUUAAAUAAGAAUGAAACGGCUGGAUAUAUAGUCACUGGGAAGUAUAGUUAAUAGGCUUACGAAGAGGCAAAAAAAUUUUGUGAUCCUAAAAUUAUUGCACUAGGAGAAGUUCCUCGUGAAGAUAUCACUUAUAUAUUUUAUGUUGAUAAUGAAAUGGCUGACGGAAUAUAAAUUAAUCAGCUUUCCCAUUGUGAUGAUAAGAUAGUUGUUUGUGAUAUGACAUCAAGUUUUGGAUCUAAAAUUAUAAAUGUUGAAAAAUUUGGAUGCAUUUUUGCCUCGUUAUAAUAUAAUUUAGGCAUUCCUGGAUUAUGUAUUGUUAUCAUUAAGGAUGAAUUGAUUGGAUAAAGUGAUAGGACCAUUCCUUCUAUGGCUGACUAUCAACUAAUGAAAAAAAAUAAUAGUAUUUAUAAUACUAUCCCAUGCUAUAAUGUCUAUAUAACAGGAUUACUAACAGAAUAUUUGCUAGAAAUAGGACUAUAGUAGGUUGAAUAAGAAUAACUCAAUAAAGCAAAGUUAAUCUAUGACUUUAUUGAUAAAAACUAGGAAUAAUUCUCUUGUCACUGCAGCCAUAUCAAUUUAAGAAGCAAUAACUCUAUCGUAUUUUAUUCAAAUUCUGAUCUCCAUAUCACUAAUUUAUUUGAUUCCGACAUCAUGAUUGUUGAGGGAAAUAAAAUAACUAUCUAAAUUACCAUUCAUACUACAAUAUAGAAGUUAGAAUAAGUUUGUUAAUAAUUGAUAUUAUGA